GCAAACACCCCUAUGGUAUAAUAACCGAGUAAUGCAUUCACCACCAAGCAUUGCUGUUGAUGAAAACGACGGUCCAACGCCUUUCAACAAAUCACCAUCUAUUCCGAAAAAAUAUUCAUCACCGUCUCCGCAAUAUAACGAUGACAACGAUGCGCAGCCGGCCCCACGACAAUCAUUCUCGCCGUCUUUUUUCGAUGGAGAAUGUUCGCAGAUAAAUCCUACACAGGCGACAUGGGCACCAACCAAGCCGAAGCCUAUUGAUGAUUCUGAGAGUCUACCACCGGCGAUCAUAGACAAUCAUUCUACAGGACAUGAUUCGGACAAUUUUACGCAAACACCCCUAUGGUAUAAUAACCGUGUAAGACCCCCACCAACGAGCCUCGCAGUUGAUGAGAACGACGGGCCGACGUCUUUUAACCACUCGCCAUCUAUUCUAGACAGCAAGCCCACGAAAAAGCGGAGUGCAAAACGGAAACUGUUUUUUGAAUAAUAUUGUUUAUUAAUGAUUUAUGUAAAAUAAAAACAAGCGUGAUACUUAAAAA